GGCCUCCAUUGGCCGAUUCUCUGGACCGAGGGCUGGGAUUGGCCGUGCUUCGCCCAAGGCUCCCUCCGCCCGGAGGCGGGAGGGAUGCGAAGGGCGUGUCCGGCACCCGGUCCCGCCCCAAGCGUUUGGGCUCCCGCGCGGGGGCAGCGGUUUGCACCUGGACCCCAGCCGCGGGGCUGCCGUAUGGGGCCGCUGGCGCCGCGGGCGCUGCCGCAGGCCUGCUGGGGGCGUCCGGAGCGGCCGAGGCGCGGCAGCUGAAGGCUUCAGAGAACCCGGACCUAGGGACGCAUCAAUGGCCCUGGGAGAAGAAAAGGCAGAGGUGGAGGCGUCCCUGGACACAAAGGCCCCGUCCUGUGGGCGGUGGAGCUGCAGAGAGCAGGAGGCGGACACCCCGGGGUCUGUGAGUGGGGAGCAGCCACCACGCCUGGAAGCUGAGGGAGGGCCUGCCUCCCCUGUGUGGGGGACAGAGGGCCUACCUGCCCCUCUCUGCUGCCCCUCUGGAGCCUGCCAGUCACAGGCCAGCAACACCAGCAGGGAGCCAGUGGCUGGUGCAUCUCAGCCUGCUCUCAGUUGCCUGCUUCCUCCUGCCGGUGUGGGGACAGAUCUGCAUUCUGUGGGAAGCCAGGUAGCUACUAAGAUGGAGGACACCAGGCUUUCUGCCUCAGAGGAGCUACCUCAGGCUACAACCGUUCCCAGAGCCACAGCCCUUUGCUCAGGACAUGAUGCUGAUACCGAAGAUGACCCAUCCCCCCUGGAGUCACCGCGGGUGCUGGCCCUCAGCCAACAGCCUCACAUCUCAGGUUUCCCUUUCUCGUCAAAGUGGAGGUCCACGGUGAGCCCAGGUGCCACUGCUCCUCCGUUUCCCAGCUGCAGAGUGUCUGCCUCAUCCCCUGGCAGCAGUUCCCAAGGACACCAAGAGAAGGAGGAGCCUCAGAGUUGCUCCCUUGCCAAGGUCUCUUCCCUGGAGCUGGUUGGCCCCCAGUCGGCCCCCUCCAUGGUGGGACCAGGGCCUCAGCUCCAGUGGUCUCCACAGCCUGUGUCCUCUGGGGGUGAUGGUCCUGGGCUGCGCAGGAGGCAUCUAUCCUUCCAAGCCGAGUACUGGGCCUGCGUGCUGCCAGAUUCCCUGCCGCCUUCCCCUGACCGCCGCUCCCCCCUGUGGAACCCAAAUAAAGAGUAUGAAGACCUGCUGGACUAUACUUACCCACUUAGGCCCAGGCCUCGGCUCCCAAGGCAUCUGGAAAGCCGCGUGCUGGCUGAUCCUGUCCUGCAGGACUCAGGUGUAGACCUAGAUAGCUUUUCUGUCUCCCCAGCAAGCACUCUAAAGUCACCCACUAAUGUCUCCCGCAGUUGCCCACCAGCGGAUGCCAGUGCCCUGCCAUUCUCUGGGCCCAGAGAACCAAGCUUUAGACGGUGGCACUCUGGAGUACCCCAGGAGCAGGGCAGCGUGGGGCUGGCAUCUUGUAGCCAGCUCACAUCUACUCCCAGAGCCGCAGGCAGCAAGGAUACUACUUGGGAAAGGAGAGACCCAGCCCUGAGGGGUAUGAAGGACUGGCGGACCGCGGGCAAGCACCUCGAGGUGGGCCCUCCCCAACUGAGGACAUGGGACAGAGGAUGGCCCUCAUCCGGGCCAGAAAGAGAGAAGGGGGCUGGCCAAGGUGUCCAGCGCCCUGCCUGCAUGGAGUCUGGAUGGAAACCAGAAGAGGACUUAGAAAGUGAUGACGAGUAUCUUGCCCUGCCCACUCGGCUGACACAGGUUUCUAGCUUGGUUUCAUAUCUAGGUUCUGUUCCCACUUUGGUGACCCUGCCCACCAGAGCUGCUGAAGGGCAGAGCUCCCUGGAUGUGUCGAACAGUGAUGGGCCCACUUCCUUCCCAUCGGAUUCCAGCCAAAGCCAGCUUCCCUCUGGGGCUGUCCCCAGAGGGCCUGGGGGACUUGAGGAGCAGAACCACUGUUUGCUCCGCUCCUUUCUCCAUGCAAGGGACUCUGCAGGGGACGGCAGUCUGGUGAGCAGCCAGGCACUGGGGGUCUCCUGUGGACCUCUGAGAACACGCUCCUCCUUCCCAGUUAUUUUGGACCAGCAGACAUUCUUGGACCCAGACCUCAAAGGGCAGCCUCCCAGGAGAGGAAGAGAGCAGGGAAAAGAAUCACUCAUGCACUGUGUGAAGACAUUUUGCUGUCAGCUAGACGAGCUGAUCCACUGGCUGUAUAACAUAGCAGAUGUUACCGACCACUUGACUCCACCCAAGUCCAGCCUUACAAGUCUCAAGUCUUCUCUGCAGCUUUACCGGCAAUUUAAGAAAGACAUAGAUGAACACCAGUCCCUGGCGGAAAAUGUCUUAGAGGAAGGGGAGAUUCUUCUUCAGUGCCUGUUGGAUAACACCCCAGUGUUAAAGGAUGUCCUCAGGAGGAUCUCAAAGCAGCCCAGCGAGCUGGAGAGCCACGCAGAUCACCUGUAUGACACAAUCUUAGCCUCUGUGGACAUGCUGGCUGGUUGCACCCUCAUCCCUGAUGACACACCAGUGGCACACAGUAGUGCUGAUGUGUCUGGGAUGAGCCUGGCAUCUUCUCAGGCAGAGAUGUAAUCUGUCUCCCAAAACCUGGCUGGUGGGAAACUUUCAGGAAGAAAAUUCUCAUUUCAGGAAGGUGCUUUAAAAAGGAAGAUCUUUUAAGUUUGUAAAGAAUGAACAAGUCACCUUGAAUCAAAAGAAGAUGAUGAUGGAACAAUUACUCUCACAAGCAAACUUCCGAUACCCCUCAGAACAAAACAUUUAAUACCAAAUUACUUUCUUUAAAGGAAAUUUAGGACUUUAGUUUUGGGGGCUGAGCCACAUAAUCUUUAACGCCAUCUCACCCACAUCCAUAUGAACUAAAGUCCUAUUAUAAAUGUAACUUUUUCUGCUUUAAAAUUUCAGACUGCAUAGUCACUGGGAAAUGAUACAAAAUUUCAAUAGUAGCUAUAUAAAAUUCAGUAUUUCAAGUGCCUGCUGCUACUGUGGUAUGAUUUACCAUAAAGCUUAGUUUAAGGGCAUGAUCAGAAUUAAACUAUGUAUGAAGAUUC